UUUUUAAUGGGGGGGGGGAAUCCGAAUGGGGCGUCUGCCAGCUCCCUCCAAGGGUGGCUGCUGGGAGGUGGAGGCGAGGGGGCAGCGAGUCUGGGUCAGAUGGAGGGUUCGGGGCGCGCAGCCCAGGAGGAGGGAGGGGGGCGGAGGCUCCUGCCGACGCCCCCACCCCCAGGGGGGCGUCCAGAAGCCACAUGCCAUGGCCGUGGGGAACAUCAACGAGCUGCCCGAGAACAUUCUGCUGGAGCUGUUCACGCACGUGCCCGCCCGCCACCUACUUCUGCACUGCCGCCUGGUCUGCAGCCUCUGGCGAGACCUCAUUGACCUGGUGACGCUCUGGAAGCGCAAGUGCCUGCGGGAGGGCUUCAUCACCGAGGACUGGGACCAGCCCGUGGCCGACUGGAAGAUCUUCUACUUCCUACGCAGCCUCCACAGGAAUCUCCUACACAACCCGUGUGCUGAAGAGGGCUUUGAAUUCUGGAGCCUGGACGUGAAUGGAGGUGAUGAGUGGAAGGUGGAGGAUCUCUCUAGAGACCAGAGGAAGGAAUUCCCCAAUGACCAGGUCAAGAAAUACUUCGUGACUUCUUAUUACACCUGCCUCAAGUCCCAGGUGGUGGACCUCAAGGCCGAAGGGUAUUGGGAGGAGCUGAUGGACACCACACGGCCGGACAUCGAGGUCAAGGACUGGUUUGCAGCCAGGCCAGACUGCGGGUCCAAGUACCAGCUGUGUGUUCAGCUCCUGUCGUCAGCACAUGCACCCCUGGGGACCUUCCAGCCAGAUCCGGCAACAAUCCAGCAGAAGAGCGAUGCCAAGUGGAGGGAGGUCUCUCACACGUUCUCCAACUACCCGCCCGGCGUCCGCUACAUCUGGUUUCAGCACGGCGGCGUGGACACUCACUACUGGGCCGGCUGGUACGGCCCGAGGGUCACCAACAGCAGCAUCACCAUCGGGCCUCCCCUGCCUUGACGCCCCCCAAGCCCUGAUCCACCAAACCCUGACUGUUAUCAGAGAAGGGCUGGGUUAGGGAAGGGGAGGGGGAUCAGGCUCCCCCAGACCUCCUAGUUCAUCCUUGCCCCUCAGUUGCCUAUUUUGUGGAGCCUCUCAGUUUGCACGGCCCUCACAUGCCAAGGGGGCGCCAGUGCUCUAGGCCCCAGGUCUCAACCUGAAUGAUGACAGGGGAGGCCUGUGUCAGCCCCUGUAAGAGAUGGGGCCCCUGAGGUUGGGGAGGUGCAAGGUGUUCUCCCAGGCUCCUCCAAGAGUGGUCUCCAAGCUCAGAUGCCAACCUAGAUGUGUGUCUCUGCCUUCCCCUCCUGGGCCCUUUCUCCCUGUCUCCAUUGGGGGCCUUCGGAGCAGGGACAGUCAGGACAUCUGGCAAGCCUGUGGCUGUCCUGCAUAGUGCACAUGUUGGGAGGUAACUAUGUAGCUCAGACAGAUCUGGGAGUGGAAGAGGGGCUGUGCUGGCCCGUCCUCUGCCUCAUUCUGCCACUCCCAAGCUCUUUGCUCUGCCCGCCUGCUCGGAGAGGUGACUUUGACCCAGAGGCUCAGGCGUAGUCAGAGAUGGUCAGGGCCAAGAUGGAGUCGGGGCCAGGCCAGGUCUGGACUGACCUUACUGUCAGUGAAGCCCCAGAAGUCAGAUGGGUAUCAGGUGGGGGCAGAAUCUCCAAAAGAUCCCUGGAAUCCCGUGCGUGAUAACCCAGGGCAGGUGAGGGGAAGGAUUAGACCCUGAUUCUAAGAAUGGGGCAUGCAAGCCCAGGAUGAGGUGAGUGGUUUUCAAGGACUACCUGUCCACCUCCAUGCCUAGAUCAGCUUCCCUGGGACUUGAAAUGCCCUAUCCCACCCUUGGAACUGCCUUUCCUGAACCUCCCCACCCUGCCCAACCUCACUCCUGCCUCUCCCUCCUGCUGGAAGGACCCCAGCGCUCGGAUUCUGCCCCUGCUGCAUGCUGCUAAAUAAAAGGUGUUUC